GCUGUUUCAAAAAAAAUACUUAGAAGUUUUAAUAAGGAUAAGGAAUGUAUCAAUCAUCGGAUGACUCGAUCAACGCUACUGAUAUGUAUGACUAAAAAAAAGUGUGUAAAAUUUUGUUCUAAAAUUUAGUUAUUAAAAAAAAAAAUAAAAAAAUUUAUCAAUGACAAGUAAUUUUUAUUUUCUGUUUUUAUUCUCCAGAGUUAUAUCCCAUAUUGCGUCAGCAUGCUGUCCUGCAGCCACUAUAACUGUAUAAUAUAGUGUACAAUAUAAAGUAUAUAAUAUUACAGUGCGGUUUUACGAGCGAUAGUGGAGAUAUACUGGUGAUUUGAAAGAAUGUUAAAUAUUUUUUUUGUUUACUAAGACUCAGCUUCGUUUUAUUUCUCUUAGUUAUAUAUUAUAUUAUGGUAGUUUGUUAUAUAUAUCUUCAGCAACCAGACAAAAAUUCUCUCACAAAAAUAAAUAUUAUUUAAUUAUCUAUUAACAUCACUUGAAAUGUGAAAUUCUUUUCAUAAUUUCUUCGAAUUAUUAUUCUUUAUUAGUUUUGAUGAAAAAAAAAGCUGUAAAAUAUCGAAAUGAUCUGCUAUUGCCAUUAAAACGAUAGAAUGGAUCCCGGACGUUGGCUAAUUUUCGCUCGACUGACUAUUACAGCUGUAAUUAAACAUCACUGUUUUGUCAACAAUUUUAUUGCCGGUGGUUAAAGAAAUUGACAGUAAGAAUUUCUAUAAAAGUCGCUGCGCUACGGGUACUUUAUAUGCAGUUUUUGAUCGGACGGUUUCACAGUAGCACGAUAUGAUUUUGCGGUGGGCUUUGGUGGUGAUCGCCCUUGCGAUUGGAACUACUGAUGCGAUAUAUCAGGACCCACGUACAAGGAACCAACAAUUUACGGGACAGGCUACCAAAGAUGAGACAAAUGGUGCGGAUGACUUGGUUAGAGUUACACGAGACGCCGAGACCCCGAAGGCACCUGCUAUCGCAGAUAUACGGGAUUCUCAAACCCACCAGGAGAAAACUUUGAACAAGCGACAAAUAGGUCCAUUUGCGGUUCCUGCAGUUCCACCGGUAUUUCUGCCGAAUAAGCUUCAGGAAAACGUUAUUGUUGGCUUGAAAACUCCUGAUAACCUGCAAAAAGUUUCACCGAGAGUAGAUGAUACUGUUGUCAGUGCGACUUUCCAUCAUGGUUUUCAUCAUGGUCACCAUCAUGGACAUCAUCACGGUCAUGAACACAAGCAUGGACAUCACUCAAAACACGACCACGGGCAUCAUCAUAAACACGAACAUGGUCAUCAUCAUAAACACGGGCACGAACACAAGCAUGGUCAUGAUCAUCAUGAAGAUCAUCAUCAUCAUGAAGAUCACCAUCAUGGUCACAAAGAGGAUCAUAAGCAUGACCAUCACGAGGACCAUCAUCAUGGACAUCAUCAUGGACACGAUCAUAAGCAUAAACAUGAACACAAACAUGAAGCCCAUCAUGGCCACGAACAUAAACAUGAUCAUGGACAUCAUCAUAAGCAUGGUCAUCAUCACCACUCGAAGCAUGAGCAUCAUGAGGAUCAUAAACAUCACGCCGAGCAUCACCAUCAUCACAAACACCAUCAUCAUAAUGAGCACCAUCAUCAUCACGAUCAUCACCAUGUCAAUGAGCACCACCACCACCAUCAGCACAAAGAAACUGAAUCCCACCACCAUCAUCAUGGACAUGAACACAAGGAGGAGCAUAAGCAUGAGCACAAGCAAGAUCAUCAUCAUAAGCAUGGUCAUGAACAUAAAGAAGAACAUAAAGAGGAGCACCAUCAUGGACAUCAUGAAGAUCAUCAUCAUAAACAUGGUCAUGAACACAAACAUGGCCACCAUGAAGACCAUCAUCAUGGCCAUCAUGAAGAUCAUCAUCAUAAACAUGGACACGAACAUAAGCAUGACCAUCAUGAAGACCAUCACCAUGGACAUCAUGAAGAGCAUAAGCAUGGGCAUAAAGAAGAUCAUAAGCAUAAGCACCAUCAUGAUCACAAGCAUGGUCAUCAUGAGGAUCAUCAUCAUGGACAUCACGAAGACCAUCAUCACAAACAUGGACAUGAACACAAGCAUAAUCAUCACGAGGGCCAUCAUCAUGGUCAUCAUCACUCUCUGCAUCACGCGCAUGAGGAAGAACACCAUGCUCACCAUGGUCACGAACAUCAUGGCCAUCACUUGGAUGAUGAUUUCAAAGGUUAUCAGUUCGAUGCUACUCAAGCACAUGAAGACUACAUUUUCCCUGAAGAUUUGUCUUCUACAACACUGCUUGAUAAAGUAGCUCACGUUGAGUUGAAGAAAAACCCCCAAGUCAUGAUUCAGGACGUUCCUAAUUCUAAUGUAAAAGAAACAUGAUGUAAUGGUUGAUAAAUAAUUAGUAGUUUAGCAUAUAGAAAAAAAAAAUUGUUUAUCUUUG